AUGUCUGCCGAAGAGUACAAGUAUGAAUACUUCAACGUCACAUUCCCCAGGGAAUAUGUUGCCCACGUAGAGAUCAACCGCCCCGAGAAGCUGAAUGCCUUCGUCGAGCACUUUCCUCUACAACAAUCCAUCUGCACCCCAGCCGUCAAGGAUAAGAAAAAUGAAAUCCCUCUCACCACACCAACUCCACUCCACACCAUCCGUCCAAACCCCCAGAACCGCGCUGUCAAAAGACUCCCCCAAGAAAAAAGAAAAAGCCCUCACAACCUAACCACCUCCCCCGCCCCUCCCAGAAUGUGGCUCAACCUCUCCACAAUCAUAACGCGGCUCUCCACCUCCCCCAACGUCCGCUGCAUCCUCCUCACAGGCGCCGGCCCGCGCGCCUUCACCGCCGGCCUCGACGUACAAGCGGCCUCCACCUCGGGCGUGCUCGCCACGUCCCAAGCCCCGCUCGACGUACAAGCGGCCUCCACCUCGGGCGUGCUCGCCACGUCCCAAGCCCCGCUCGACGCCGCGCGCAAAGCCCUCCACAACAUCCACCACAUCACGACCUUCCAAGCGUGCGUGUCGACGCUCGAGACGUGCCCGAAACCCACCAUCGCCGUCCUGCACGGCAUCUGCUACGGGCUCGCCAUCGACCUCUCCCUCGCGUGCGACGUGCGCCUGUGCGCCGCCGACGCCGCCUUCGCCGUCAAGGAGGUCGACAUCGGCAUCGCGGCCGACAUCGGCACGCUGACGCGCCUGCCCAAGGCCGUGGGCAACGCGUCGUGGGCAAAGGACGUGGCGCUGACGGCCCGCGUCUUCGGCGCCGACGAGGCGCUGCGCGAGGGCUUCGUGAGCGGCGUGUACCGCGGCGGCAAGGAGGAGGCGGUGGCGGCCGGGCUGGAGAAGGCGGCGCUGAUCGCGAGUAAGAGCCCCGUCGCCGUGGUGGGGACCAAGGAGUUGUUGAAUUACAGUCGCGAUCAUACCGUCGAGGAGGGUCUUCGAUAUACCGCUGUCUGGAAUGGCGCCAUGCUCCAAACGGACGAUAUCAAGGAUGCGUUGAUGUCGGGCUUGAAGAAAACAAAGCCGAAGUUCGCAAAGUUGUGA